CUGACGGGCAGGAGAUAGAGAGAGAGAGAGAGAGAGAGAGAGAGAGAGAGAUCAUACACAGGAGGGAGAGUGGGACUGUUCUCUUUUCAUCAUGGAUUUCUCGAACGCGGCUCUGAUCCUUUGUUCCCUGUUAUGUUCAGUGGUUGGCCAAGCUCCUGUUGUCACAGUGGAGCCCCGCACUGCUACUGUGCGCCAAGGGGAGUCUGUAAGCUUCAGGUGCCAAGUGGGGAGGGGUACACAGCCAAAGCUAGAGUGGAAGAGAGCCAAUAAUCAAGCAUUACCAGACAAUGCUAAGACUGGUCCUGAUGGCUCUGUGCUGACUGUUGUUAAUGCCCGACCUGCAAACCAGGGACAGUACCGCUGUGUGGCGACCAGCCCUGCAGGCCGCGGCACUGCCAUGGUUGUACUGAAUGUCAAACAUGCUCCUAAAGUGCGGCUGGUACCAGCAGGGCCCCUGCGGGUCAGGGUCGGUGACCCAGUGUCGAUUGAGUGUCGUGCCACAGGCAGGCCACGCCCGACAUUGACAUGGAAACGCCAAGGCUCCACCCUGCAGCUGGUUACCGUGGAGACAAGUGAUGUCAACACCAUACAGUGGCCCGCAGUGCGUCCAGAGGACUCAGGCAUGUAUGUUUGCCAAGCUGAGAACAAUGAAGGGAUGACAGAGGUCAAAGUGGCAAUUACUGUUGAAAGUGGUCCUGGUGCACCCGUGGCUUCAGUGAGUUCUACAGAGAUGACGGUGGUGGAGGGACAGACAGUCAUCAUGGAGUGUCAGGCCACUGGUUCCCCCCCUCCCGUCAUCUCCUGGUCCAAGCUACGAGCACCCUUGCCAUGGAAACACACAGUGGAUGGCAGUGUUCUGACAUUGACCAGUGUGGGGCGCCAAGACUCUGGUCAAUACAUCUGUAAUGCAACCAAUGUACACGGCUUCAGUGAGGCAUACACACAGAUGGAAGUGGACUCUCCUCCAUAUGCCACCUGCCUGCCUGACCAAGUGAAGCUCCGUCCUGGUGAUGCCCUGCGCCUGCAGUGCCUUGCCCAUGGCUCACAUCCUAUUCAGUUCCAGUGGAGUCGGGUGGGCAGAGGGAACCUACCUGCAGGAUCAGAGACAACCAAGGAUGGAAUCCUUCUCAUCCCCAGCGUGAAAUUGGCUGACAGUGGAACAUACAAAUGUGUUGCCACCAACUACAUUGGCACCAGUGAGGCCCAGGCUAAAGUCAUCAUAAAAGCUUAAGCCAACACUGCCACACUGUUUACCAUUGCUAACAAUUCCUGCAAGCCUGGAUUGUUGCCAUCAAGACGGUCAAAUGGAUAGCAACAAAGCAACAUAGAGGAUUAUACUUAAAAGAUUCCUAUAUUUCAACAUAUGAAUGUGAAAGAUAUCACUGCCUUUGAAACUUCGGAAGUUAUUGUGCAUAUGGGGUUAAUUUUGUACUUUUAUAGAAAAUUGACAUGUCAUGUCUUUGGAAAGCUUUUCUCUGGAAUCCUAAAAUUAAUUGAUGGCCUACAGUAUGUGUGGGGGUUGUUUCUUCCGCUGGAAUGCCUCACUACCCUGUUCUUCCUCCCUUCACGUCAACUGCUAAGUCUACAAUGUUUCACUUUCAACAGUGAAAAGAUGGCAAAAUCCUGGUCGCACAUAAAAGCCUUUGUUAUAUCCAAUACAAUAAAGACCAAAUAAAAAAAACGUUAAUAGUUUUAGUAAUUUCAAUAAAAAAUGAUGUCUUGAAAACAUUUAUUAAA